CGUCAUUGGUCUCAAAGCAGACACACUUGGAUCGAAAUGUCGGCCCACAAAACGUUCCGUAUUAAGCAGAAGCUUGCUAAGAAGCUGAAGCAAAACAGACCCAUUCCGCAAUGGAUCCGUAUGCGCACCAACAACACCAUCCGAUACAACGCUAAGCGCCGCCACUGGAGACGCACCAAGCUGAAGCUGUAAGCGGGAAUCGUCGGUUUGUUUACCUCCGUGGCACCCGUUCGGAAGCAAAUGGCGGUCUCGAUCUCCAUGCUCAAGCGGUCCAUCUGUUCGUUACGGAUUUGUUACGGUGUUUCAACAAUAGCCUCCCGAUUCGUUCCAUUUUAUGGAAAAAAGAUUGAAUAAAUUGAGUUCAAUGAAACCUUCAA